UUACCCAAUAGAACCAAAUAGUAAAAAACACAAUCGGUUAUUCUGUUAACACGGUGAGCAAGAUCGAUUCCUGAAAUCGAAUACCGACCGAAUCGAUUCCGUGGCGGUUUUAAUUCGUACGUUGAAUCGCGCGCUCCAAUAAACCCCCGGAACAACAAACAGCGCCUUUGAUAAACGCCCUCGGGGCAGACGCGCUACGGACGCUGCGCUCGACAACCCCGACAGUUUAUAGUUCAUGCCCUCAGGGCGUCCAGUGGUAGCAAUGCGAGAGCGCGGCGGAGCCUCCGGGCAGACUCACCCCGACUGUGCCCGCCUUUGAACGUCGCCUCGGCCGCGGCAGCGGGAGGGCUGCCAUGAUGCCCGAGGACCGCAGACCCAGGGAGGGCGCCGAGGACCCGCCCGCCUCGGACGUCUGCGGCGGCUGCGGGCUCCUGCAGGAGAAACUCAACGAGUACAUGCUGACGUGCCUGACGCUCAAGCAGAAGAUCCUGGACUCGCACGCCAUCAUUGAGCAGUAUCACAGCAAGUGCGACGAACUGCAGCAGCUGGAGAGGGAGAGUGGGGAGCUGAGGCAGCAGCUGCUGGAGCUGCAGACUCGCAUGGCCUCUCGCGACAAGCACCCACACUUGCUGCUCAAGCUCACCGAGGAGCUGGAGGAGAAGAAGAGCUCCCUGAGGAUUUUUCAAGUGAAAGCCCGAGAGGCCGAGCAGCUGGGCCUGGAUCUAAAGGCGAUGCAGAUCCGGGAGAAAAAAUCUGAAGAGAAGAUGAAGCGUCUGUCAGAGUUAAACUCUAAACAGCACGAGGAGCUGAAGCAGCUGAGGCGGGACAAGCGAUCGACCGAGACGCAGCUGAAGAAGGCGCAGGAGCAGGUGGAGGUGCUCAGGAGUAGACAAGGAUCCCCCCCAGCCCGAGGAAGACGGAGAUCUGGAGCCAUCCCCGAGGCAGGGAAAGUGCGAAUCCGAGCGCUGCUCAGGGACCUGUGGAGCUGCCUCGAGGAACCGGGGGAUGGGGACACCGAGGAUUUGGCCCCCCCAGCCCCAGCCAGCAGCAUGUUUACCACUUCCAGGAAGAAACGCACACGCAGCAAGGCCAGUGCCGUUGUCGGCGGAGAGACCCUCGGGGACAGGAGCCUCUCCCGCAGCGCGGCUCCCACCGACCAGGAGGAGGACUGCGCAACUGAUGCCGCCACCGCCACCAAGCGCAAGCGGCGGAGGCGGAAAGUGAAACUCGCCAGGGACGGCGACAGCAACGUCUCAGCGUUAUCGGAACCCGAGAGGGAUGACGAGGGCGGCGAGCGGCACGGGGGCGACGCCGGGGAUUCGAGCAGCCGGGCGCCGACGGACGAGCGGGGACUGUCGGCGGGGGAGCCGGACGAAGGCCUAAGCUCGCCCGAGUCCCCGGCGGCCCCCACGGCCAGGAGCUCCGAGUGGCAGAACCCAGAGGAGACGGCGGAGGAAGCCGAGGUGGACGGCGAGCAAGGGCGCGAAGAGGACGACUCGGAGCCGCGCGAGGCCGGAAACGCGGCGCCACGCCGAGCGGACGCCUUCAGCCGUGCGGAGGAGCUCGAGGAGCUGGCGUUGGAGGUGGAGGAGAUCCUGGGCCUCGCCUCGGAAAUGGGCCACCUGCGGCAGCCGCUGUCUCCACUGCCACGUUCGCCCGAGCCCAGACAGGCGUGGUUCGUUGACGUCUCGUCCAGCGACGCCGAGGGAGGCGAGGAGGCGGAGGUCCGGAGGAACCGGGCGGUCACGGCACCGCCGCGGGGAGAGUCUCCGGACGGCGCCGUGCGGUCCGCAGACGCGGGCACCGCCGGAGACGUGGCCCAGCGGGAAGAGGAGGCGCUGAGCACGGGAGACGGGGACCUGGCGGGAGAGCGGGAGAGGCACGAUGGCGGAGACGCGGGCCUAGUUGGAGAGAGGGAGGGAGGUACGGAGGGAGAUGUGAACCAGUCGGGAGAACGUAAGAGUUGGAUAGUUGUGGCUCGGGCAGCUGUGGAGCAGAUGCCUCCUGCGGUCUGCGCGGGUGAGGGCAAUGGGAGCCUUUGCGGCCCAGAGAAAAGGAACCGUGGGGCUCAAGUUUCUGCCUUGGAGGCCUCGUUGGGUCCGGAGAUAAGUGGAUGCGAGCCGCAACCUGCAACAACAACUCCGGUGUGGCCGCAACCGGCAUUCUCAACUCCCUCACAGUUAGAAUGUGGCCAGGCAGGAGGUGAGACGGAAGCAGGGAAGGGCAUCUUUGAGGCGGCAGAAUCUGUGGACGAUGAGAGAACUGGAAAGAGAGGUGAUGAACACGAGAGCCCCCUGGAGAGAGCAAAGGAAAGAGGGAGCAAUGGGGAUGGAGUGGAGAGAGAUGGACAGGAGGAAGAUGAGAGAGUGGAGGAGGGAGUCAAGAGAGUGGCAGAGGAGGAGGACUAUGAGAGCGUGGUGGAAGGAAAGAGCAAGCAGGAGGGAGUAGAGGGAGAGAAGGUGAAUGAGAGAUUUGAAGGAGUGGAGAGAAAGGGACAGAAGGAAGAUCAGAGAGUGGAGGAGAAGGUAAAGAGAGUGGUAGAGGAGGAGGAAGAGGAGGAGAGCGUGGUGGGGGGAGAGAGCAAAGAGGAGGGAGUAGGGCGAGCAAAGUACGAGGAGGAAAACAAAGCGGUGGAAUGGACGGCCAUGGUGGAAGCGGAGAGUGUGGGAGAGGGAGCGAACAAUGGGAGCAUGGGGAGAGGGGAGUUGGAUCACGUGGAAAGCGUGGGGAGUGCCGUUGUCAGGAGUGAGGUGCUGGGUCACGUGAAUGGGGAGAGCCAUGACGAGCAGAAGGGCUCGGAGAGUGUUGAGCUGGUGCACGGUGACAGCGAGGAGCGGAAGAUCUCGGAGGUGAACACGGAGAGCGCCGAGUUGGACCUUGCUGACGGUGGGGCGAGUGAGAGCGGAGAAAAGAGCACGGAGGAGGAGUUCGUUCACGUUGUUGCGAGUAAGAAGGGGGAGAGUGCGGAGGCGAGCACAGGGAGAGGGCUGUUGGGUUGCAUUGGGGGUGCGGGCAGCACGAGCACAGAGCAGAGUUCGGGGAGCAUUGAGUUGGUUCCCCUUGAGAGUACGCAGAGUGAGAGCGUGGAGGAGAGCACAGCGGGAGUGGAGUCGGCCGGUUUUGAGAGCGAGGAGAGCGUGGGGAUCAUGGCCGUCGGCACGGGGUCCAUCCAGCGCAAGGUGCGGAGGCUGCGCAGUGGGAGCCGCCUACAGCUGCUCCCCUCCUGCUCUUCGGCCAGAAACGGAAACGGCACGGGAAGUGAAACCUCCCCCGGCGACGCCGCCACCGUCGCUCCCGGGAGUCUCGGAGCCGCAGCGGUGCAGCCGAAGAGGAAGCGCGGGCGACCCCCGAAGAAUAAAUCGGCGGCCGAGAGCGCGUCGACGCCAAGCCCGGGAAGCCCCGAAGCAGCGGGGACGGCUCGCCAAGCCUCCCGCUCGGAGCGAUACGAUGCCGACGAGGAGGAUGAAGCGGCGGUGGUCCCACCGGGACCCGUGUCAGACUCGCCGCUGGUGGAGAAGGUGUUCAGAGAGAUGUGUCUGUCUCCGCUGGCCCUGCUCGACCCCCUGCUCGCUACCCCGGUCCGGCCGACCGGGCAGCGUCUGCACGACGGGCCGCCGCGGGGGGGGGUCGCCACGGACCGCGGGGAGGCCUCGGCACCGUCCGCGGGUGGAUCCUCGCCGCCGCCGCGGCCACUGCCGGCGUCCAGCCCCGGCGGCGGCGGCGGCGGCGGCGACGGCGGCAGAAGCCCCGCGACGUUUCCGUCGCCGCUGCAGUUCUCGGCGAGCACGCCCAAGGGGGCGCUGCGCGUGCCGGGCUGGAGGAUGUCGCGUCGCCAGCAGCAGCAGCCGGCGGCGGCGGCGGCGGCGGCGAGUGUGGCGGCGGCGGCGGUGGCGCAGGGCGAGAACGUGCUGCGCGCGCUUGACUCGAUGUACCCGACGCUGUCGGGGCAGGCGCGCACGUUGCGCAUCCUUCGCGGGGACGGGCCGCUCUACCGUGACGUGGCACCAGCGGGGCUCCCCGCGGCCGUGUCCGACCCGCCCGGCGGGGGCAGCGCCGGCGCCUUAAAUUCCGGCGCCGACCCGGGCGUCGGGAACGUCUCCUCCGCCUUCACGAAAACCGACUCCGCGUUGGAAGCGGCGGCGAAGGCGGCGGUGGCGUUGGCCAGCGAGGGCCCAGCCCGUGCGGAGGAACCCUCGGCGGAACGGAGCCCAGAGGAGAACGGAGAGACGGAGGGAGCGGCCGAAACCGCGGGGCCUACGCCGGGUCCGGCCUCGAGGAAGCGGCGGAGAGCAGAACCGGUGACUUUGCCCGAGCCCAGCGAACCCGGCUCCGCACCGCAGCCCUCCCCGCUGCCCGGCGCCGUAGAAAAAAAACGGUGCCGCAAGCGCGAAACCAACCCCACCCCGCGGGACCACGAGCCUCCUCGCACGCCAACUCCGGCCGACGGCACCCAUGCCGGCGAGCGGGCGGCAGGCGUGGUGCUGCCGGUGGAGCAGGCGGACCCGCUGCGUUGGGCCGUGCGGCUCCUGCAGCGCGAGUGCUUCGACUUGUUCCCGGCGGUGCACGCGGCCGUGCACGUUGGGAACCUCCCGGUGAGGCCCAUGCUGAGGCCAGAGGAGAGCGACGUCGUGCGAGCCUUCCUGGGCGAGAAGCAGGCACAGUGUGAGGAGUUCCUGACCCGGGCGAUGUCGCUGUUGAUGGGGAAGGAGGAGGAGGCGGUGGCCGGGGAGGAGGAGGAGGAGGAGGCGGUGGUGGCGCAGGUUGCGCGCCCAGCUCUGCGCCACUCGCUGGCGCGCGUCUUGGUGGCGCUGUGGCGCACACGCGGGGACCUCGAGAAGCCGCGGCUGCUCUGCUACAACGCCCUGCUGCAGCACGAUGGGGAGGAGGGAGCCCUGCUGGCGCUGUUUGUGGCGAGCACCUGGCGUGCGGUGCUGCUGUGCCCGGGCCCGGUGAGCCACGCCGUGCAGGCCGUGGUGCGACAGCGGGCCACGGGGGACCUGCUCAAGUGCCUCUCCGCCUUCCUCUGCUGGGGCCAGAAGGCGCCACUGCCCGUAGACCUAGCCUCCAGCUUCCUCUUCACCCUGCAGCAGAGCCCCAAGGUCGGUUUCCAGCCGAGCCCGGACGCCGGCGAGGACCUGGGCGCCGACACUUGGCAGCUGGUGCUCGCCAUUCAGCUGUUGUGCGGACACCAGGGCUGGAGCUGGACCCACGACUCUUUUAUCAGCAAGCACCUGUGGCCGGUGAUGGGGAAGUGGACGCGGCAGCGGAGAGAGGUGGAGCGGCCGGGCUCGGCCGGGCCCCCCGUGCUGGACGCCACCGCUGCCGCCGUGCUGCGUCUCAUAGGUCGGCUGGGCAUCGCGGGGCUUGCGGCCGGCACGCUGACCCACGUCCAGAACCUGCUCAAGGUCAUGCUCACAUUUCUGCAGGAGGCUCACAAACAAGGCAUCGCAGCCGGCGUGCAGCAGGCAGCGGCACACGCAGCGGUCGACCUCUCCCCGUGCAGCAGUGGUGUGGCGCUGGACGCCCUGCGGGCUUGGAGCGCCGGCACCACAGUGCCUCCGGCCCUGGCGCGAAGGCUGGUGCCGCUCAUUCGCCACUGCGACUCCGGCCUGCCCUGACCGGCGCCAGCAGCUGGACGCCCUCGGAGCUGGGCUACCGAUGGAGGCGCAGGAGACCUUGCUCCGACGGACGUACACGGGGGGGGGGGGACGUGUUAUCCAUAGUGGCGACUCUGCAGGCGUGGGCUCGGCACGUGCAGUGGCGUCGAUAAAGGCCAAGCGAUGCGCUUGGGAAAUUUUAGGGCGAUCGUUGCUGGCAACGGUUGCUGCAUGAAAACAAUGUAGCUGCCCAAAUGUGUACAAAUCUGUGAUCGCUGCUUCCCCUCGUGGGUAACUGGGAUGGUGACUUUCCAAUCAGGAGAGAUCAUGUGCUCCGUCAUCCAGUUUUUUUUUUUUAUCAAACACACUCGGUACUGAUGUCGUUCGGAGUUGCCGUAUUUGGUCAUAGUAAAUUAAUAUCUGGUUACAGAUGUGGCACCGAAUGAACUAAAAUAAUCCUGGUGUACGAUGGAUUUAAUGGUUCGGUCGAAGUUGUCCCAUAGUUUGGAGUCGGACCCCUGCGGGGGAGGCAGCAAGAGCUCAGCUGUGGCUCUAACCCUGUAUGUGCACUACCCGGCAAAAGCCUGGCGUCGCUGGUGGAGGUGUCCACGUGCCUGCGUACGUGAGUGAUGUGUAUACUGUGUAUAUGAAUGCUGCGGCGGGUUGUUGCCUUUGGCUCUGCGUGUACAUAGUGAUUGUGAUUUUGUAAUAACGGUGGUGGUGGUGGUGGCGCAGCAGCGUUCAUCGUCUGUACAGGAGUGUGGGCUUAAGGUUUCCGCUGUACGGACUGUCAGUAUUGUAUUCACUGUGACAUUGUUAAUAAAAUAUUUGGUUACUCUA